AUGCCCAGCGAAUGAGACGCGCAGUCGUACAGCCCUGUGACCAUUGCUGCUACUCCCAGUAGCACAAUAUGUAGCCAGCCAACAUGUUGGCUAACGAGCGAGUUUUGUCCCUGUGACAGCGAUGCGCCCUGGAUAUAACCGAAUAGAUAUCUGCGAUUCAGUUCCUGAUACAACCUUGCAGCAAGGACGGCAAAUGAGACCUUACUCCAUUUGGUCCUUCGUCAGCCCUGCUUAGGUGACGUGUUGUACAGCGCAUCAGUCUUCAGGAGCCGGAGAGCUAAAUUGUCCCGGGCACCUGGAGAUAAAGCCCGCGUCGGAUCUGAAAGCACGUCAAUCUGAUUACAUAAUGUCCCAGAGCGCAGAAGCUUCCGAUGGGCCGCCCGAGCGCGCUCCCGCUCCGAAGAUCACGGUGGAGGAUCUCUCUAAUCCGCCGGGACCGUCUCCUCCAAGCCCUCAGCCUCACACCUCUGCCUGCGCAGCCUCUGAGCAGGUUGCCUCCGUGGUGGAUGAAACCUCGCCGUCCUCGACCAGCUCCUUCGAGAUCAUCGACAUGGACGCGGUCCUUCCCGCGUACGAGCCGGUCCAGCCCCACUGGUUCUACUGGCGGCGGGCGGACGGCAAGGACUCCUGGCUCCCCUUCAGCAGGGAGGACUCCCAGAAGCUGGAGGAGGCCUUCACAGCCGGUGGGAAGGAGGAGGUGGUUGUGGCCACGGAGGGCGAGCGGUACGACGUGAAGCUGACGGAGAGGAAGCGCUACGCUGUCUACUGGGAGCAGGCCCCCUCCGAGGUGCGCCGCUGCACCUGGUUCUUCAAGGGGGACAAGGACAGCCGCUACAUGCCCUACCCUGAGGACUUCAGCGAGGCCCUGGAGGACGCCUACAUGAUUGCUGUGACUCUGGAUGAAUGGAAGAGGAAACUAGAGUUUCCCUCCGGAGAAACCGUCAUCUUGCACAACCCCAAGCUGAUCAUGCAGUACCAGCCAAUCACCUUGCAGGACGAAUGGGUGUCAGCGCCUUCAGAGCAGACCCGCCCUCGAACCGUCAAGAGGGGCAUCGAGAACAUCGCUGUGGAGAUCCCUGACGGGGAACCGGAGACGGUGGACCACCUGGUGUUCAUGGUGCACGGCAUCGGGCCGGCCUGCGACCUGCGGUUCCGCAGCAUCAUCCAGUGUGUGAAUGACUUCAGGAGUGCCUCUCUCAAUCUGUUGAACACGCACUUCAAAAAGGCCCAGGAUGAGCAGAGGAUUGGGCGGGUGGAGUUCCUCCCAGUCAACUGGCACAGCGCCCUGCAUGGCGACGCCACUGGGGUGGACGAGGACAUCCAGAGGAUCACCCUGCCCAGCAUCAGUCGGCUGCGCCACUUCACCAACGACACCCUGCUGGACCUCUUCUUCUACAACAGCCCCACGUACUGCCAGACCAUCGUGGACACGGUGGCCUCCGAGGUCAACCGGCUGCACCAGCUCUUCCUGCAGAGGCACCCGCGCUUCGCCGGGGCCGUGUCCGUGGCCGGCCACAGCCUCGGCUCUCUUAUCCUGUUUGACCUCUUGACGAACCAGAAGACGAGUCCGGGUGAUGCUAGCGGUCAGCAGGGCACAGUCAACGGGGCCCCAGGGCCUCCGGACUUUAAGAGUCUGGAGGAGGCUCUGCAGACGAUGGGCUUGGAGGAGUACCUGGCUGUGCUGAAGGAGGAGCAGAUGGACCUGGACUCUCUGGCUCUGUGCUCGGAGAGCGACUUGAAGGAGCUGGGAAUCCCGCUGGGGCCGCGGAAGAAGAUGCUGAGUUUCACCCGGAGGAGAAGGAUGCUGGAGCAGGAGUGCAGGGGGGGCGUGCCUGUCCUGGCCCCCGGCCUGCAGGCGGGCAGGGAGGAGGCGGGGCCUUCCGGAUGGGCCCCCCCGUCCGUCGCCGCCGGCCACCACACCGACCUCCGCCACCUCUCCAUUACCAGCGCCGUGGACUACGAGUACUUUGACGUGGGAAUCGGACAGGUGUCAAUCAACUACCCCCAGCUGGCCUUCCAGCCGCAGACCUUCUUUGCGUUCGGGUCGCCCAUCGGCAUGUUCCUCACCGUCCGCGGUCUGAAGCGCAUAGACCCCAACUACAGCUUCCCCACCUGCAAGAGCUUCUACAACAUCUACCACCCGUUCGACCCGGUGGCCUACAGGAUCGAGCCCAUGAUCGUGUCCGAUGUGGAGAUCGAGCCCAUGCUGAUCCCCCACCACAAGGGCAGGAAGAGGAUGCACCUGGAGCUGAAGGACAGCCUGACCCGGAUGAGCACCGACCUGAAGAACAAUGUCCUGGGCUCCCUGCGCACGGCGUGGCUGUCCUUCUCCCGGCUGCCCAUCACUGCGCUGCCCCCUGUGGGCGAGGCUGAGUGCUCAACGCCAGCAGAACCGCCUCCAGAGAACGCCGAAGCCGGGAAAGAAACAGUUAAAAGGAAAGCGUGUAAGCCCGAUUUUUGGAAAAAUAUUCUGGAGUGGCCCAGAGUAAUUAAUUUGAAUUACUUCCAAGGCGUAAAGGCGGAGGAGGCGGAGUCUCUGCAGGAGACGCAGAGGGAGGAGCAGAACAUCCGGAUCGGGAUGCUGAACGGCGGGCGACGCAUCGACUACGUGCUGCAGGAGAAGCCCAUCGAGAGCUUCAAUGAGUACCUGUUCGCUAUCCAGAGCCAUCUCUGCUACUGGGAAUCGGAGGACACUGCUCUGCUGCUCCUGAAGGAAAUUUAUGAAAAACUGGGCGUGGUUUUCGAACAGUCUCAGCCGUAGGACAGAGUGAAAAGAGGCUGAACUGACCGGAUGAAGGACCAUAGAUAGGACUGAUUUCUCACUUGCGGAUCACCCUGUGUCAUUCAGCGUGACUGUCACUCAGUCCUCCGGCCCCCUCUGGCUGGUCAGCAUCUCAGAAUGGAAGCUUAACUGUCCUCACCAUGGCAACACUGGGGCAGAAUGGGUUCUAUAGGGACUGAAUGAACUUCUGAAGAGCCCAGGUCCUGAGACAUUAAUCACUACCACUGCAGAACACGCAAUAAGACAACUUCUGGAGUUUUACAUUAUAGACUCUUCAGUUUUCUGGAGGGUUGCUUUAGAAAACACUCUGAGUCUUUGGGCUGUCAAACUUUUCAUCUAACUAUUUUGUCUCUUCUGCGACAUUCUGUGACAUAUCCCAUCGAACAAAUUCUGAUGCUGAUCAAGUCUCUGCCAUUACCUUUUUGUACAGAGCAGUAGCGCAGUUUUUGUCUCCAUUUUCUUGCAAUGCCGAACCCUUGUACAUUUGUACUUCUGUGCUUAGCGUAUACAGGCUGAGGGGAGCCUCUUUAGGUUUGUUUAGCAUGAAACGCAUUCUCUCAGGCACUUCCUGGAGCAUGCCGGAUGCAGUCGGCACUUUCCUCCCGCUUCUCUGCUGCGAAGCUUAUGCAUGCAUGUGAGCACUUUCUCAGAAACUACAUUAACCAUAAUACCCUGUACUUCUGGCUCUUCUUUACCGCACUCCCAGACUACACGGUAUUCCAUGUUCUUACCUCCUAGUCGUUUUUUGAAUUUAUUUCAGGGUGUAAGUGGUUCAAAAAGAAAUACUAAUGUUGUUUAAUGAAGGAAUUAUUAUGAGAAUAGUGGAUCAAAAUGUCUGACGUGACUUGUGAGUCACCUCGGGGACUUGCUGUGCUAGUGUUUUCUUAGCUUUCUCGUGCCCCUCCCCUGUGGUGGGAGUCCGUAUGCAUCCUGUGUGGGAAAGCUGCAGUGAGACCAGUGGCCUUUCCCAGGCCCAUGCAGUGGGAUUCAGUUGCUGCUGCUGUGCCGAUUGAAGCCCCUCCCCCACUCAUUCCUUGGUGGGAACUGUGACAUCGUCCUGUGUGAUUUCAGGUGCUGCUUUCUUAUUGCGCGUUUCUGAAUUGGCCAAACGGACGCACUUUUAAAACCACAGCCAGCCUCAAGCAUUUUGAGGCCUACCUUUAUUCUCAGUGGUUAGAUUAAAUGCAGCAUCGGUUGGCAAAGUUAUCUUUAAUGGUCACUAAAUCAUGACACAGCAGACAGCAGGUCAGUCCAUUCCACCCUGAAGCACAACCUCAAUGUGCAUCUAUUCUAUACAGUAUCUUACUGUUAUGUGUACUUUCCUCUCACUUAGGAUGGUGAUAAUGAUGAUGAUGAUGAUGAUGAUGGUUGUGAUGAUGAUGAUGGUAAAGGUUGAGUUCCCCUACUGGCCCCAAGGGCACGACUGAGCAAGACUGUGUUUUUCAGACGAGGUCUCUCAACCCUGUAGUAUAUUUCACUUAUAGGAAAUCAGCUCUGGAACUCCUGCUGGAGCUUAGAUGUUGCAUCUCCACACUGACCAGACGAUGCUCUGUAAGUGCUAUUGUGAAUGCUUUCUUUCCCUUGCUCAAAAUGCGCAAGAGGUAGACCAUCUUGUACUCUACAUCCUUCCUGCAGUAGCAGGGAUGUUUUCCCCUCGAUUUGCACUUUAUUUUGUGUGUUCAAACCAAAAAAAACUUUAUCAUGUAUCAUACAGUAUGUUUACAUAUUGUGUAUGCCAUAAUAAACCUUAACUGUACAUGUCA